AUGUGCAAUAUGCUUCUCUGCCUCACCGCCUGCGCCGUAUCCAUCGUGGCCGAGGCGACAAUUGCCAACCUGCGCCCAGAAGCCUCGGUCAGCGUCGGCUCCGGGCUGUUCCUGUUGACGCUCUCAGGGUUGCAGUCGUUCCUGUCGGCUGUUGUCAGUCUGAGACACACGUCCAAGAUUCAAAAAGCGCGCCGCAUCGACAACCAGCGCCUGCUUUGCGCGAGGUCCCUUCGAUCGUGGAGGGAUAUGGGUAGAAGAUCUGAGGACACCAGGCCGAUCGUCGAUUUUGAGAGAUACCUCGACUCGGCCAGCGCCGCCAGCGUCGAGGAGCUGUCCGUGAUGCCAAAGUUGGAGGAAACUAUU